AUUAAUCAAAGACAGAUGGUACAGAAAGCAAGUACUCAAAUUCCUCCUCUGAGUUGUUUUUUUAAAUAAAAUAAAAUGGAAAUGAAAUGGGGGGUUUGACCAAGUACUGUGUUGACUGUAUUACUAUUUUAGGAGUAAAAUCUGAAGAAGAAGCCCUUACUUUUAUUCCAUUGUCUAUAAAUUGAAGUUUUAGAAAUAAACUUCCCUCUCUGAAGCUCUUUAAAGAAUAUCUGCAAACGUCUCCAAUAAGAAGCUGGGAGAAUGCAGUGCAGAGCCUUAGAAAUAACUGUAAUCUCUGCCAGAGAUCUGAAAAAAGUCAAACAUCUGACCAAGAUGGACGUAUACGUCGUCGUCUCACUGCCUGGUGGUUCUCAUACGGAGCAGAAGACCCCGGUCGACAAAGAUGGUGGAACAAGCCCAAACUGGAACUUCCCCAUGAAGUUCAACAUCGAUGAAGCAGAGGCUCGGAAGAACCGCCAUACUCUAACUUUCAAGGUCAAAUGCAAUCGGAGACUCCACAGCGACAAAGAAAUCGGAGAAGUCAACGUUCCCAUCGAGGAGCUCCUUGACAAUGGAGGAGAUGGAAAGUUUGUCAAGUACGUCACUUACAAAGUCCGGAAAACCUCCGGCAAGCUGACCGGAGAUCUAAACCUGUCGUACAAGUUUGCCGACCGCGUUGUUGAAACGACGUCGUCGUCCUCAACUAAGGUGGACGAUCCGGCUAUUGCAUAUCCAGCAGACGGACGGGUUCACCACCGGCCACCUGGUUAUCCGGUACCGGAAUUCCCUCCUGCGGGUUUUACAAUUGCAGGGGGGCUUGGUGGGGGACCGGAACCUCCGGUGGGAUAUCCUGUGUAUGGUUUGGCAGCUGAAUAUGUUCCUAAUAAGGUAAUGGGUUUUGGGUAUGCUCCGUUGGUGAAGCCGCAGCUUCUGCAACCAGCUGACAAUAAACCGGAGCUGGAUUCAGUGGAUCCGGCUUUGUUGAAUGCAAUACUUAGCGGGCUGUUGAUAAAUGGAAUGGUUACUGACCAGGCUGCUGCUUCUGAUUCUCUUUAUCAAUCUGCCAAUGAGGACGCCAGUGAUUGUCUUUGAUUAAUGUUUUAGUUUUUUUAUUUUUUAUUUUUCAUCUACUUUUGAUUUUCGUGUUCAUAUUAUUAUAGUGGAUAAUUUUGUUCAAUAAUAAAGUUUGUUUGUUGUUCUUGAUUCUGCUUUGCUACCAGGUCUAUAUUAGUGUGCCUUAUUUGCUUUAUUAGUUUCUAAAUGAAAAAUAUUUGGUCGGAGAGUUCAACCUGAAACAUGUACAUUCAGGUUGAAACAUGAUAGCUGCUUUGUUAUUGAGACUUUUU